UUUUCGUACCCCUCUGAUAAGGUGCGAUAUUAGAAAUGCUAUAACAACUGUUAUGAUCAGCGUCGCGUCUGCCACUUUCAACAUCCGCAUCAGGUGAUUGCGGAAGUAACUUCACUCUGCGGGUUCAGGGUUCCGCCUCUAAACUAACUAGCUAGCUAAAUAAAUGGUUAUCCCUCUACCGAAAACAAACUACUUUCCUUUUUAUAAGACCCAUUUGGAAUAAAGCAGCACGUCACCAUUGCAUUCUGCAGUAGAUAUUUAAGGAAACAUGGCUGGACGUCUACCGGCUUGUGUAGUUGACUGUGGCACAGGGUAAGUAGCAAGUGCUAAUGCUAAUAGCUAGCUAGCUAAUAGAUUAAUUGGCUUUAGCUUUAUACACCCAGACAGGGCAGAAAUGUUGGGCGUGCAAAGUAAACCAUGCAAGAUAGCUAGCCAAUUAGCUAACUAGUCAGCAACAACUUUUAUUUGCUUAAUUUCGUGAAUUCAGCCAGCAAGCUAGCUAGCUAACCAUUUUAGGCAUAAGAAGCUAGCUUGCUAGUAGCUAAUUUCCAUCAGGGAUCCUCACUCCCUCGUUACAUUAGCUGAAUGCAUUGACUUUAAUAUGUUACAGGAGUCUACAUUUCUGUUUCAAUUUAUGGAAGCGUAUAAUUGGCCAAGACCACAGACAGUCAUGACACCCUUUAGAUUAGUGGUUUCCAACCUUGUUCGGUUACUAUACCAUCAACUGAAUUUUGCUCUGCCCGGACUGAGUACCCCCUUAUGUACACUUUACCAGUAGGCCUAUGGUCUCAUGAGUCUUCUCAAGUACCCCCUGUGGAUGGGCCAAGUACCCCCAGGUUGGGAACCACUGCUUUAGAUCAUGCAUCAUGAUCUAUAAUGAUUACACCAUUAUGAUCUAUAUAACCCACUGAACUUUCUCAUGCAAUGCUUUUGUUGUAGGUACACAAAGAUUGGAUAUGCUGGAAACACAGAGCCACAGUUUAUUGUUCCGUCAUGUAAGUAUUUCUGUAAAAUACAGCAGCGUUUCCCAAACUCUGUGCACAUUUUGGUUUUUGACCUAGCACUACACAGCUGAUUCAAAUAAUCAACUAAGCUUUGAUCAUUGGAAUCAGCUGUGUAGUGUUAGGGCAAAAAACAAAACGUGCACCCCUUGGGGUCCCGAGGACUGAGUUUGGGAAACACUGUCAUAGUCUUCUAAUGAUAAUGUACCAUGUUAAUGCAUAUGUAGCCCUUGAUCAUGACUCUCAGUUCCAUUCCAUUACACAUGAGUCAUUGGAUGAAGGCGUCUUCUGUACUGAGGUGAUUUGUUAAGAGCUGCGACGCUCGGUCUGAACAUUAACACGCAUCACUUGCGGUACUGUUUUGGAAUCAUAAGGACCUUAUCUUUCAUAUCAGCGAGAAAUGAUAAUAAUUUAAGAAAGGUUUUAUAGGGUUAGGGUUCCCACAUGGCCAUAUUUCCAUGUUACAGCGCUUGUUUACUGAAAAGAGACAGAAUACAGAGUGGAUUACCUGUGCUAAUUAGCUAUCUGCGUUUCCGAACACCUGUGUGUAAACGGAAGAUGGACGCCACAAAUGUGUUGUCUGAAAAAUACUGUUGGCUGCAACUGUGUUAAAACCGGUUAAAACAGUGUACAGUAAGUGUGUAUUUUGCAUUUGUGAAAUUAUUUUGAUGUGGUAUGAGGAUUUAUAUUUCUAGAACCGUACCGCAAUUGAGAAUCGAUUCACGUUUAGAUGGAGUAUUGGGCAGUUUUGGCUUCCAGAGCCAAUUCGCCCUUUAAACAGAACAUGUAAGGUCCUUGGACUAUGGAGUAAUGUUAGGCUCCUUUAGUCCAAUAUUGGGCUAAUUCAUAUGUAGGCGGACACACCGGACAUAUGGUCAUUAGUCAAAUUAAUCUGCUGAAAGCAUUUUGGUAUCGGUCCUUCCUGUGUUUCUUUCUGAUUGGAGUGCUCAAAGGAAGUAGGCGAGCACGCCUAAUUCACCCAGAAAAUUAGGUCGCCUUCCUCUUGCAUUGAGUCAUCGAGUAGGCCCUAAAUGUCGAUGCUUGCUUGUUAGAGGCACCAUAGACUACUUAUUCAGGGAUUUCCAAAAUGAUAAAUCCAAAACAUUUUUGGCUAUUUUCAAUCAUCUUUGCCUAUUCACUUGUUUACAGUACUUGAAGGCCGUACACACAGCUUGAAAGGAAGCUAGUCUAGCCUAUAUUCAGUGAUUUGGCUCCAUAGCGGAAGUCCCCUUAUGCCCAUGCUGACUAGAAUAACGGACAAGCUUGCCAAGGCCACCUCCCUGUGGGACUUGAAAUAGCCAGUAGAUAGAAGACGUGCAUGUUUAGAGGCCUGGAUGGAUGACAAGUAGGCCUAAAGAUUUAGUGGCUACAAGGAAGUGGUUGAGGGAACAAUGUUCAUUGUCCAACAUUAUAAUAUGUAUGCCAUUUAGCAGACACUUUUAUCCAAAUCGACUUAGUCAUUUUACGUACGUGUGGACCCAGGAUCCCAAAGUGGUCUUGGUAAAUUGCUCAACUUUGUCUAUGAAGUCACAUUAUGCAGACAGUUAAAGGCCCAAUGCAGCUGUGUGUAUGUCAAUAUCAAAUCAUUUAUGGGUAACAAUUAAGUACCUUACUGUAAUAGUGUUCCAUUAAAGUGGUCAAAAAUAAACAAAAAUGGCUUUUAAGCAACAACAAAAAACGAUUUAUCACGCAAUAAUUUUGCUAGGACCCCCUGUCGAUUUACAAGAUAUAAACCUCUAACAUUUUAAUUUGAGGUAUUCCAUUUGUUACAUGUCAAGCUUUUAAAUCGGAUAAAAACAAAUGCACGUGGCAUGCCUCCAUUCUUUUGUAUGAAAUUGCGCAAACUCCAAACAUAUCGCUGCGUGUUGGAAUACCACUUCGCUCUGGAGUCUGCAUCCCUGCUGGCUUGGUCGAAGUGGCUAUCAGAGGGUCUAAUUAGCCCCUACACCCUCGAUAAUUUUCACUCCCUCAGCUUUGAAACACUUGUGCAUGUGGCGGAGGCACUCGUGAAUGUGCAAAUGUAGCAAUAACUUUACAUCCAUAUCUGUUCAAGGAAAAGCUGUGGUGGACUAUAUAGUUACCCUCCACGACUGGCUAGAAACUUGUUUGGAAUUUAAGGUGUUACCCCCUACACAGAUGGUUGAAGAAUGAGGAUGUCACCUGCAGAGAGAUUAACCUAGAGAAGUCCCCAAAGCAAGCUGGUUGUGGGGCUUUGUUCACAAACACAAACAGAGCCCCAGGACAGCAACAGCAACACAAUCGGACUCAACCAAAUCAUGAGAAAACAAAAAGGUAAUUACUUGACACAUUGCAAAGAAUUUACCAAAAAACGGAGCUAUUUGUCCCUAAACAGAGAGUGCACAGUGGCAGAAUACCUGACCACUGUGACUGACCCAAAAUUAAGGGAAGCUUUGACUAUGUACAGACUCAGUGAGCAUAGCCUUGCUAUUGAGAGAGGCCGCCGUAGGCAGACCUGGCUCUCAAGAGAAGACAGGCUAUGUGCACACUGCCCACAAAAUGAGGUGGAAACUGAGCUACAAUUUCUAACCUCGUGCCAAAUUUAUGACCAUAUUAGAGACACAUAUUUUCUUCAAAUUACACAGACCCACAAAGAAUUCGAAAACAAAUCCAAUUUUGAUCAACUCCCAUAUCUAUUGGGUGAAAUACCACAGUGUGCCAUCACAGCAGCAAUAUUUUUGACCUGUUGCCACAAGAAAAGGUCAACCAUUGUAAAUUCAACCCAUAUUUGUUUAUUUAUUUUCCCUUUUGUACUAUUUCCACAUCCUUAUAACACUGUACAUAGCCAUAUUAUGACAUUUGAAAUGUCUCUAUUCCUUUGAAACUUUUGUGAGUGUAAUGUUUACUGUUCAUUUUUAUUUCACUUUUGUUUAUUAUCUACAGUAUUUCACUUGCUUUGGCAAUGUAAACAUAUGUUUCCCAUGCUAAUAAAGCCCUUUGAAUUUAAUUCAUUCGGACUAUUUUGAGGAAGUGAUACUGGCUUUGUUCAUAUGGUGUCUCAUGCGGGACAAACAUUAGUAACGGCCAUAUCGAACCACAACCCCAAGACUGAAAUCUUGUUUUUCUUAAUGAGCAACCGAAAAACACAUGCAGAAUCAGUGCGUUCAGUAUCUCUUAAAAAAUGUGGCUAUUUGUUUACUGAAUUUACAAGACAAAUCGAAGUAAUAGGCCUACCGCUCAUUGAGUUUCCUCUUUUAUGUUUAGCAUAAAUUCACCUAUGUAACGUUGACUAUCAGCACCCUCAAGUGAUGAUGUUUCAACCAACCAUGUGCUAACCAUAUGUAGGCUGGUACUAAGGAUUUAAUUGUGUUGAAUCUUCCUAAACUUCAGGUAUUGCCAUCAAAGAGUCAGCCAAGGUUGGAGACCAAGCCCAGCGCAGGAUGAUGAAGGGGGUGGACGAUCUGGACUUUUACAUUGGUGACGAGGCAAUAGACAAACCAAAUUAUGCAACAAAGGUACAUUGGACUUUCCAGUGAUGGAGGUCUACUUAAAGGGUCAAUCUGCAGUUGCUACAUACAUUUUUGGACUUGUAAAUUAUUGAUAUUCUUGAAGAAUAUAACUUAUAAAUGCCUCAUGAGCUUAGUUCAACUGGCAUAUCCCAUCAGGACUGAAAAUAUAAGCUUGUAAACAAAACAUGGUGAAAACUACUAUGUUGGAUGGUCAGUCCAUGCAACCAUAUGUCUAUCUAUGAAUUUGAGAGUGGUUACAUUUCUUCAGCCCCAUUACUCAGGUUUUUACUGAAACAGUGGCUGAGAUUUCGCUUGGUUAUUGUUUCAACUGUAGAUUGCCCCUUUUUUAAGUUUAAACGUAAAGUCAUGCUGAAUGCCUGUUAGAGCUGAGUAGCCUAAUGGAAAAAUAAAAUGUGGGUGUGGUCCCCUUGUAACAGUGGCCCAUUCGUCAUGGGAUCGUGGAAGACUGGGAUCUCAUGGAGAGGUUCAUGGAACAGGUCAUCUUCAAGUAUCUGCGGGCAGAGCCCGAAGACCACUACUUCCUCUUGGUACGUUCAUAACAUGUACAUUAGUGUGGAAAUUAUGCUACCCAGUAGCAGGGACUUAUGGGAUUUGUAUUUGUCUUCUCCACAGACAGAGCCUCCUUUGAAUACCCCUGAAAACAGAGAGUACACGGCAGAGAUUAUGUUUGAGUCCUUCAAUGUUCCAGGUCUUUAUAUCGCUGUACAGGUAAAUCCUCUCUACGUUCUAUAUUGGUUCUAUAUAAUCUCUUCCCUGCACCUCUUCAUGUUCAAGUGUCAAGUCAAGUCAAACUUGAUUUCGAGUGCAUUAUCACAACUCUCACAGAGGAAAUGAGGGUGUCCAUGAGGUGUCUGCGAAACCUUGGAGUGGAUCUCAGUUCUGGGCCCUUUUCAAAAAGGAGUAGGAGUGCUCAUCUAGGAUCAAAUCCCCCCCUGACUAUAUACCCUACCGGUCAAAAGUUUUAGAAAACCUACUCAUUCAAGGGUUUUUCUUUAUUUUUACUGUUUUCUACAUUGUAGAAUAAUAGUGAAGACAUCAAAACUAUGAAAUAACACACAUGGAAUCAUGUCGUGAACAAAUCAAAAUAUAUUUUAUAUUUGAGGUUCUUCAAAUAGCCACCCUAGCCUUGAUGACAGCUUUGCACGCUCUUGGCAUUAUCUCAACCAGCAUCACCUGGAAUGCUUUUCCAUCAGUCAUGAAGGAGUUCACACAUAUGCGUAACACUUGUUGGCUGCUUUUCCUUCACUCUGCCAUCCGACUCAUCCCAAACCAUCUCAAUUGGGUUGAGGUCGGGGGAUUGUGGAGGCCAGGUCAUCUGAUGCAGCACUCCAUAGGCCUUACACAGCCUGGAGGUGUGUUGGGUCAUUGUCAUGUUGAAAAACAAAUUAUAGUCCCACUAAGCCCAAACCAGAUGGGAUGGCGUAUCGCUGCAGAAUGCUGUGGUAGCCAUGCUGGUUAAGUGUGCCUUGAAUUCUAAAUAAAUCACAGUGUCACCAGCAAAGCACCCCCACACCAUAACACCUCCUCCUCCAUGCUUUAGGGUGGGAACUACACAUUCGGAGAUCAUCCGUUCACCCACACCGCGUCUCACAAAGACACGGCGGUUGGAACCAAAAAUCUCAAAUUUGGACUCCAGACCAAAGGACACAUUUCCACUGGUCGAAUGUCCAUUGCUUGUGUUUCUUGGCCCAAGCAUGUCUCUUCUUCUUAUUGGUGUCCUUUAGUAGUGGUUCCUUUGCAGCAAUUCGACCAUGAAGGCCUGAUUCACACGGUCUCCUCUGAACAGUUGAUGUUGAGAUGUGUCUGUUACUUGAACUCUCUGAAGCGUUUAUUUGGGCUGCAAUUUCUGAGGCUGGUAACUCUAAUGAACUUAUCCUCUGCAGAAGAGGUAACUCUGGGUCUUCCAUUCCUGUGGCGGUCCUCAUGAGAGCCAGUUUCAUCAUAGCGCUUGAUGGUUUUUGCGACUGCACUUGAAGAAACGUUCUUGACAUUUUCGCGUUGACUGACCUUCACUGUCGUUUCUCUUUGCUUAUUUGAGCUCUUCUUGCCAUAAUAUGGACUUGGUCUUUUACCAAACCUUAUCACAACACAACUGAUUGGCUCAAACUUAUUAAGAAGGAAAUAAAUUCCACAAAUUAACUUUUAAGAAGGCACAUCUGUUAAUUGAAAUGAAUUACAGGUGACUACCUCAUGAAUCUGGUUGAGAGAAUGCCAAAGUGUGCAAAGCUGUCGUCAAGGCAAAGGGUGGCUAUUUGAAGAAUCUCAAAUAUAAAAUAUGUUUUGAUUUGUUUAACACUUUUUUGGUUAGUACAUCAUUCCAUUUGUGUUAUUUCAUAGUUUUGAUGUCUUCACUAUUAUUCUACAAUGUAGAAAAUAGUAAAAGUAAAGAAAAACCCUUGAAUGAGUAGGUGUUCUAAAACUUUUGACCGGUAGUGUAUAAUCUUAUUGAUUGUGAUCUAAAGGGCUAAACUGAUCCUAGAUUAGCACUCCUGAUCUGAGAGACUUUGUGAAUACGGGUUGUCAUCAUUAGUGGAAAGUGACAGGGUCUGUGUUUUCCUCCUCAGGCGGUCCUGGCGCUGGCAGCCUCCUGGACCUCCAGACAAUUGGGCGAGAGGACCCUGACUGGGACGGUGAUUGACAGCGGUGAUGGGGUCACCCACGUCAUCCCAGUGGUGGGUACAUGCCUUCGAUCAUCAUUACAUAUUAUCUUUCCUAGAACUGGGUCAUGUUUAGUAGGUAGCGAACGUUUUGAACCAAAGUGAAACGGUGAGGUAUUUCCUGAACUUGUCCAACAUGAACACAUUUUCUUAAUCUGCUGCAAAAGAUUUGAACACGACUCAGAUGUAUUCUACCUAUAUACACUAUUUUUUUGAGCAAAGGGAACACUUAAACAACACAAUGUAACUCCAAGUCAAUCACACUUCUGUGAAAUCAAACUGUCCACUUAGGAAGCAACACUGAUUGACAAUAAAUGUCACAUGCUGUUGUGCAAAUGGUAGACAACAGGUGGAAAUUAUUGGCAAUUAGCAAGACACCCCCAAUAAAGAAGUGGUUCUGCAGGUGGUGACCACAGACCACUUCUCAGUUCCUAUGCUUCCUGGCUGAUGUUUUGGUCACUUUUGAAUGCUGGCGGUGCUUUCACUCUAGUGGUAGCAUGAGACGGAGUCUACAACACACACAAGUGGCUCAGGUAGUGCAGCUCAUCCAGGAUGGCACAUCAAUGCGAGCUGUGGCAAGAAGGUUUGCUGUGUCUGUCAGCGUAGUGUCCAGAGCAUGGAGGCAAUACCAGGAGACAGGCCAGUACAUCAGGAGACGUGGAGGAGGCCGUAGGAGGGCAACAACCCAGCAGCAGGACUGCUACCUCCGCCUUUGUGCAAGGAGGAGCAGAAGGAGCACUGUCAGAGCCCUGCAGCAGGCCACAAAUGUGCAUGUGUCUGCUCAAACGGUCAGAAACAGACUCCAUGAGGGUGGUAUGAGGGCCCGACAUCCACAGGUGGGGGUUGUGCUUACAGCCCAACACCGUGCAGGACGUUUGGCAUUUGCCAGAGAACACCAAGAUUGGCAAAUUCGCCACUGGCGCCCUGUGCUCUUCACAGAUGAAAGCAGGUUCACACUGAGCACGUGAUAGACAUGACAGAGUCUGGAGACGCCGUGGAGAACGUUCUGCUGCCUGCAACAUCCUCCAGCAUGACCGGUUUGGCGGUGGGUCAGUCAUGGUGUGGGGUGGCAUUUCUUUGGGGGGGCCGCACAGCCCUCCAUGUGCUCGCCAGAGGUAGCCUGACUGCCAUUAGGUACCGAGAUGAGAUCCUCAGACCCCUUGUGAGACCAUAUGCUGGUGCUGUUGGCCCUGGGUUCCUCCUAAUGCAAGACAAUGCUAGACCUCAUGUGGCUGGAGUGUGUCAGCAGUUCCUGCAAGAGGAAGGCAUUGAUGCUAUGGACUGGCCCGCCCGUUCCCCAGACCUGAAUCCAAUUGAGCACAUCUGGGACAUCAUGUCUCGCUCCAUCCACCAACGCCACGUUGCACCACAGACUGUCCAGGAGUUGGCGGAUGCUUUAGUCCAGGUCUGGGAGGAGAUCCCUCAGGAGACCAUCCGCCACCUCAUCAGGAGCAUGCCCAGGCGUUGUAGGGAGGUCAUACAGGAACGUGGCCACACACACUACUGAGCCUCAUUUUGACUUGUUUUAAGGACAUUACAUCAAAGUUGGAUCAGCCUGUAGUGUGGUUUUCCACUUUAAUUUUGAGGGUGACUCCAAAUCCAGACCUCCAUGGGUUGAUAAAUUUGAUUUCCAUUGAUCAUUUUUGUGUGAUUUUGUUGUCAGCACAUUCAACUAUGUAAAGAGAAAAGUAUUUAAUAAGAUUAUUUCAUUCAUUCAGAUCUAGGAUGUGUUGUUUAAGUGUUCCCUUUAUUUUUUUGAGCAGUGUACUAUUGCUAACACAUACAUGGUAACAUAUUAAUAGAUUGUGUUAUCGAUGGUGUUGUUUUCUUCCAGGCGGAAGGCUACGUCAUCGGUAGCUGUAUAAAGCACAUCCCCAUCGCUGGUCGAGACAUCACCUACUUCACCCAGCAGCUGCUGAGAGAGCGGGAGGUGGGCAUCCCACCAGAGCAGUCAUUGGAAACAGCCAAAGCCGUCAAGGUACCUGCACACUUAUAACUUAAGGAAUGAUUAAAUGUAUUAUUUGUGAGCAUUUCUCUGGUUCAACAGCAGAGGUCAGUAUUGCUGUACCAAUUGACUAGAGAUGUACAGUCACAGAUCAUGACUCCUUCUUGUAAGCUCUUUGGCAUCUACCCAGUGUCUUGUGUACACUCAAUUAUGACUUACAAUUGAUAAUGAUUCCAUAUUGUGUUCCAGGAAAGGUUCAGCUAUGUCUGCCCUGACCUGGUGAAAGAGUUCAACAAGUACGAUACGGACGGCUCCAAGUGGAUCAAGCAGUACACGGGCAUCAACUCCAUCAGCAAGAAGGAGUUCACCAUCGACGUGGGCUAUGAGCGCUUCCUCGGCCCCGAGAUCUUCUUCCACCCAGAGGUAUGAUCCCAUUGAUUUUUCCAUAUGAAACGUUUCGAUUAUUUAAAAAAUAACUGGUUUCGAUUUUGUUUUAAACAUGAAAUGAAUUGUGCUUUAUGUGGGUUGAAUGCUAUAACAACACAGAAUAAAACAAUGGUAGUGACUGCCCAUUACUGCUUAUUACUUAUUAACCAUCAUUUAUUCACAUUACUUUAAGAAAAUAUUUCAGUUGUGUAUAUUACAUUGGUUUUAUUUGAUGACUUUAUUAUUUCAUUCCAAGUCAUCGUCUCAUCUCUAUAGAGCUGCUGCCUAUGCUGUCUGAAGAGCUACAAAAUAGUGAUUUUGUCUAAGUAAAUAAGGCAUAUUUUUUUGACUGCUGAAUACCAACUAUCAAUCACUUAGAUCAUGUAUGUUCAGUUAGAGAUACCUCUCGAAGCAACAGCUGCUCUCUAUAUCACCUCACGAUCGCGCAUUCUUCUCUCUUCAGUAGUAGGCGUAAAAGAAACACAGACCGGACAAGUAGAUGCGCAAUGGAUUAUGAUCAUUGUAGUUAAUUACCACGUUUAUGCACUAAACUAUGUAGAAUAUUGGCCUGUUGGAAACUACAACUCCCUACUACAUUGCACAGUUCAGGCUGGAUCUGAUUUAUCUCUAAGGAAACUGUGUGAUGUGCUGCAUUGAGCUCACAGAAACCCGAACGAAAUGGAAUUCAAAUAAUUGAACUAACGUUGGUCAAUUAGUAGUUUAAAAACCGAAAAAUAACCGAAAUGUUAGUUUAUCACUCAGCACUAAUUGUAUCAUAAUAACAUUGGUUUUAUAUGUUGUACUUUUCUCCUCCCCCAGUUUGCCAACCCUGACUUCACCCAGCCCAUCUCAGAGGUUGUUGAUGAGGUCAUUCAGAACUGCCCUAUUGACGUCAGACGUCCUCUCUAUAAGGUACGUCUGGGGAGUUCAAGUUCGUUUUAUUUCAUUCACAUGGCAGGCGACAAGAACAUUGUGUUUGACAAUAUGAAAGAAGGUCUCAUGAUUAAUUGAAACAAUAACCCUAUGCCAGAUACUGAGACUGGUCUCCAACCAGAAGUUAUGAGAUUAAGUAUGUGGAUGAAAUGUGUUUUACUUUCCAAAUGAUCUAUUCAGGAGUAUGUCAAGGUUCCAAGUGUAUAUUUACCUUGUCUGUUGCUAUGCAGAACAUUGUGCUCUCUGGAGGCUCCACUAUGUUCAGGGACUUUGGCCGUCGUCUGCAGAGGGACCUGAAGAGGACAGUGGACGGCAGACUGAAACUCAGUGAGGAACUGAGCGGUGGCAAGUUGAAGGUGAGAACAGAUUACAUUUGACCUAGUCAGCUGAUGUACUCUAUAGGAAUGCUACAGGUUUAUGGGUGUUGUCGCUCCAAAAUAAUGUCAUAUUUUGCAUUUCCAGCAUAAUCAUCGGUGUUAUUGGCUCAAUAAUGAGGCGUUUUAUGUUUUUUUGCCAGCCCAAACCCAUCGACGUGCAAGUCAUCACUCACCACAUGCAGAGAUACGCUGUUUGGUUCGGCGGGUCCAUGUUGGCAUCAACUGUGAGUUCUAAAACCGAGAGGGAUCUUUGUCUGUUAACUCAUGUUACUAUCGGAAAUGAAUAUUAUACUGAUUCAAAAGCUCGGGACAGACACUUGAGGAGGCUUUGUUAGCCUAGGUUAGAAUAUAAAAUAGCAAACUUGAAAGGAAAAAUAUACACCAACCAAUAAUAACGGUCAUAUCUACUCUUUCCUCAGCCGGAGUUUUACCAAGUGUGCCACACCAAAAAAGACUAUGAGGAGAUCGGACCGAGCAUCUGCCGCCAUAACCCUGUCUUCGGGGUCAUGUCUUAAAAGGACUUCCCUCAGUUAUCACUGGAGCUUGCAGUUGGAGCAGAAUGGAGUGGACGGACAGAGGCAGAGUGGCAUUACUGCACUACGGUCACUGCUUAAUCUAGCCUAUUUCCAGGGCUGCGGUUACAGACAAAAUACAGGAAGAGAAUGACAUAGAAAUAGAAUGACUAGAUUCUAUUCCUAUGGAGAAUGACUCAUUUAUCAACUGCAGACCAAACUAUCAGGCUGACCAACGGAGGUGAAUAUCUAUGUAAAGGAGAAGGAAAUGGUGUCUUAAAGCCAAAAGCAUUUUCAGAGCAAUUGUGUGGACACAAAACAAUGUGUAAGAUCAUGAUAAUAAAGUCAACUCAUGUAUGGUUAAGUAUGUGCCCGAUGUAUGUUAUUAUUAUGGUAUCCACACAUACAGCAAUGAAGUACAGAGUUGGAUUAUAUUUAGUCAAUAGCUCUUUUUUUCAGAUGCACUUCUCUGUGUGUUCAAGGGUAGAGCUUGUUUAUAUUUCCUAUUAUUUCGUUUUUAUAUAAGAAUAAAAAUUUUGGGGGGGGGG